CUGAAGUUGCCCUCCAGCCGAGAGAAUUCCCCUUUCCCCUUUUCUGAAGCUGCCCUCCACCGCUGAAGCUGCCCUCCAGCCAAGAGAGUUCCUCUUCCUAAAAAGACCUAUCUUCCUCUGCCACUCUCAAUCCUCGCAGAUUUUGUAUCCUGUGCGCGGGCUGGACUGGUAGGAAAAUAUCGGGAAAUUUUCCGAUAAAUCGGUAUUUCGCCGAUUUGCCGAUUUUUUGUCGAUUUUUCCGUCGAUCGAUAAUCGGUGACGAUUAUCGUUUCGGCGCCGUCCGAUAUCCGAUAUUUCUUCGAAAUAUCGGCGAUAUUUUUUCGAUUUUUCAAUCCCUGAUUUUAGCUUUUAAAUAUCGCUUUUAAAGUUACCAUCACUUUUGUUUCUCCCGUGGGCUAGUGGACUAUUCAACGCACCCAGCUAGGGUUUUUGCGUAGAAAGCAGAGAGAGACGGCACCUUCAUCAAUCGACGAUGGCGGACGAAGAGUACAACGACGUGGAUAUGGGAUAUGAGGAUGAGCCGCCAGAGCCUGAGAUUGAAGAGGGUGCAGAGGAAGAAGCCGAAAAUAAUAACAAUGAAGAUGUUCCAGAUGCUCUUGAAGAGCAAGAAAAAGAAGUACAUGAGACGGUAGAACGGCCCAGAAAGACUUCAAAGUAUAUGACAAAAUAUGAGAGAGCAAGAAUCUUGGGUACCCGUGCUCUGCAGAUCAGCAUGAAUGCGCCUGUGAUGGUUGAAUUGGAGGGUGAGACAGAUCCACUUGAGAUUGCAAUGAAGGAACUUCGUGAGCGGAAGAUACCCUUCACCAUCCGCCGCUACCUGCCUGAUGGAAGUUAUGAAGAUUGGGGAGUGGAUGAAUUGAUUGUAGAGGAUUCAUGGAAGAGGCAAGUUGGAGGUGAUUGACUAACCCACGUUGGGCUGUGGGGAAAUGGACUCUUGGAAGUCCUGUUUGAUGUGGCUUUGUAACUCACUGAUAGUGACACUAUUAGUAGGAUCAACAAUACAUAAUUUGCAAAUACAUUGUGUGUGAAAUUAAUGUUGAAUCUCUUACUAUCCUUCCAAGUUUA